GUACUUUCGCCGUCGUCAGCUUACUCAUGGCAGAACCAAUAGAACGAUUAUGUGCCGAGACGACCGAAUCAUUUGGUGGGAAUACAACAGGCGCGGACUUCCCCGUACCCGUGUGUUAUGCCCCGGAAGAUCCGAACACUGGGGAAUAUUUUGACUACCGUCCAGUCGUCGCGUUCACCUUGUCUUUUCUUAUCGGCAUUGUCC